UAAACUUUACUAUAUGGCCACAGAUUUGAGCUCUCAAUUACGCGACAUAAUCCUCAACACUCAUGUACCACUAGUAUUACCCGAUUUUCCCAUCAACUGGGAGUGCUUUGACGACUCAUUGCAGCACUGGUGCACGCGCUAUGACCAGGAUGCCAGUCUCGGUUCUCUGCCGGCAUUCGAGAGCAUGGACGUCACCGACUGCGAGACGCCGCAAUGGGAGCGCAAGAGAAAGCAUGUCAAGAUGUCAAUGCAGAAGUUUCUGCAUAAUUUCACAAUGACUGCCGACAAACAGCCCAAGGAAUGGGCUGCCUAUCAAUAUGUACGUGCACAUGACAUACCUCCCAGCUGCUUGAGCGGCAUCGAUUUCAAGUGCUUCGGAUUUGCGGAGCACCAGAACGACUACAGCCUGUGGCUGGGCUCAAAAGGGGCCAAUACGCCGUGCCACUAUGAUACGUAUGGCGUGAACAUUGUGGUGCAGGCCUACGGCAGCAAAUCGUGGUUACUCUUUCCGCCUGAGACGCCACUGCAAAGCACGCGAAUUCCCUACGAGGAGUCCAGUGUUUACUGCCUGGAGAACUUCUAUGCGCCCGCGCCGGAUAAGCUGCAGUAUUACGAACAGUUCCAGGAGCACGCUUACCACUGCCUACUACAACCGGGAGACGUGCUGAUUGUGCCCCGUCAGUGGUGGCACUACGUGGAGGCGGUGUCCACUUCAUUGAGUGUCAACUAUUGGGUGCCGCUCAAGUCUGACCUGGACCUGACAUUUGAUGAGCUUCUGGUCAAGCAUGUGGUCGAGAGCUUUGUGAAAGGCGAAAGCAAUCAAUUGAAACAGUAUCUAUUGAAUCCCAAUCAGCUGGGCGAGAUAGCCGAAUCCGCCAGCUCGCUCUUUAGCCAAUUCGAGCACGCAGUCUUGAAGCCGAGCCUGGACAACAAGCGCAAACUAUGGGACACCGACUACUUGACUGAGAGCGAGGUACUGGAGCUGCUGCGCAGCGUCAGAGUGUGCAUUCGCACCCUGGACGUGAUGCCCAAGGAGGCCUAUACCCAGCUGAUCACAGACAAUGCCAAACGACAUACGCAAGACAGGCCGGGGCGAAAGGAGGAUGCGAUAAUAAGCUCCACAUUAGAGCAGCUGAUCAAUAGCAUGUGUGCGCCUCGCUGCAUUGCGUCCAUCAAGCAAGAGUUCUUCCGCCGCAUGAAGCAAAUGAUAGAUUACAGAGCUAAGACGGAACGUUUAUUGUGAUACUUGAUUAU